AUGCCGGUAUGUGACAAUAAAGCAGUAUUGUUGUGUGGAUUGGUUUGUAUUGUGAGCGCAGACUAUCCUAUAGAAGACUAUAAAGCGGUCGCAAAAUCCCGGGACUUUACGGGUAGUGUAGUUGUAGUGACCGGUUCCUCGUCGGGCAUCGGAGAGGGAAUCGUUAAACUGUUUUCAAUAUUAGGGGCUAAUGUUGUGGUCACCGGAACGACAGCUACUAAAGUUCAACGAGUGGCCAAAGAGGUACAGGAGUUGUCACCACUAAAAUUAAAGCCAUUAGAAGUUGUGGGAGAUUUGACUAAAACCUCUGAUAUAAACAUUUUAAUCGAUUCUACGGUCAAAACAUUUGGCAAAAUUGAUGUAUUGGUCAAUAACGCCGGUAUAUAUAAACUAGCAAACAUAACAUCACCGGAUCUGUUAUUAGUUUGGGAUCAGAUAUUUGCCGUCAAUUUACGCGAUGUCGUAGAACUCAUCCACCGAUCGGUUCCACAUCUGGAGAAGACUAACGGAACUAUUAUUGAUAUUUCAAGUGUCUCCGCAAUCGCACCGGUUAAAAUGUUCGGACCGGCUUUGCCAGCGGCUAAAGCGGGUAUAAAUAUGUUGACCGAAAUAUUGGCUUUAGAAUUGGGACCCAAA